AUGACGGAAAAGUUACAGAAUCUGAUUGACUGGGCUACAGCUUCUGGGGCCUAUCUUCACCCUGAUGUGGAGAUUUAUAGAGAUGCAGUAACAGGAUUAUCGUUCAAAGCCCAAAAAAUAAUACCUCCUCAAGCAAGUAUUGUACGAUGCUCAUACCCAAUUUCUCUUUCAUAUCUUAAUGCUGUUGGCAAAUAUUCUCAAUUUCCAUCCACGGAAUCUUUUCCUGUUGAGUUCUUGGAGACUUUAAAGCAAGAAGAUCCCAAUAUCAUCGGACUCUUUUUCCUCGUGCAGCAAUAUUUGAAGGGCGAUCAAUCUCCAUGGUGGCAGUAUAUCAGAUUACUUCCUCAGCCAAAUGAUCCCAAAAGCCUUGGGAUUCCGAUCUGGUGGCCAGAGGCAGAUCAGAAGUUCCUCGCUGGAACAAAUGCAGAACCUCCACUUCAGAAGCGGGAACAGAUGUGGAGAGAUCAGUGGAAGAAAGGAGUUGUACUUCUGAGGAAUCUACCAAACCACAAAGAAUACAGUUAUCUCUUAUAUAAAUGGGCUGCUACCAUAUUCGACAGUCGAAGUUUUCGGCCAUCCUUGACAAUUUGUCCCGAAGCACUGAGCGAGAGCUCUACAGAUACAAAUCUUGAUCUAGACCAUAUCCGCAAUGAUAGAUUUUCGAUCCUAUAUCCACUUGUUGAUAUAGGGAAUCAUAAUGGUAUAAAUCAAGUAGAGUGGAGAAAAGACCAUAUCUCCAAUUCCUUCGAUUUAGUUCAUUCUGCCGGUGUUCCGCAGGGAGAUCAAAUCUACAAUUACUACGGGAAUAAAUCAAACAGUGAACUGCUACUUGGUUACGGUUUCAUUCUUCCACCAAACGAUUCUGUGAAUAGGGACAUUGUCAAUCUUAGACUUGUCCCAGAUCCUGAUGCUAUUAAUUUGCGCAGAAGUCAGGAUUGUCACAAACAACCGGACCAAAAGCAGCCCGAGGAAGAAUUCAUGUUUGCUAUACAACUACCAUCUGUAAAGGAGUCACAAGAUCCUCGCAUUUCAGAAUUCCACAAUGUCGAAGAAGGCCUGGUAGAUUUGAUAUGCUGCAUGGUAGCAAACGAAAGAGAGCGUUCAUACAUAUCAAGGUUUCCGGAUAUAUGCCCAGAAAAGAUUGCACAGCCGUUCCAAAGCCCGUUAUGCAGAGCCCUACUCCGAGCAAUCUUCAUUCUUCAGUCCAAACUUUCAUACGAGAUUACGAGAAUUGAACAAACUGGUGCGAGUCUAGGUGUCCCUCAAAGCUCCAACCAAUCCCUCGCUAAAACCUACCGUAUCUCUCAACUCACCACAUUACAGUCCGCCAUCCAACCCCUAAAUAAGCUAACUACGCAAAUUCUCAGCCCAUCUCCUCAAGCCUCUUCACCUUUCCCAACCGGCAAUCUGAAAAUCCUCUCGCUCGAGCAAGCUUACUCACUACUCGCCGAAGAUUCCCCCUGUCUAUCCACCUCUAUCCACCGGCUUAUAGCCGAAGAUCAAGAAGAAGAACUCCCUCUAGAUUGGUCCGUUUUAUUAGAAGACUGGGCUUAUACAUAUUUGACGCUCUGGAUCUACACCAUCAUGCUUAAACAGUCCAACAAACAGAUUGUAUGUCCCAUGCAUCCAGAACUAGAACAUUGGAUCCGAGAUCAGACUUCAAUCUGCCCACCGCCCCACGACAAAGACCCCUCCACCACCACCAGCACCUUCCACGGCGCCCCCGACGAACACUCCACCCUCACAUGCACAAUCACCCAACUCCGAACCCUACACCCCGAACUCUAUUCCUCCCCAACCACAACUUCUACACACGACACCCACGACUCGCACUUGCUGAACCUCGCCAGCUACUUGGUCAAGGAACAGGCAUUUAUGGUUCCGUAUGAGAUGAGGGAGGGUGCGGCCCAGGGACGGAAGAUUAACCAGUUGGUUUUGUGUAUUUGGGGGGCGUAG